AUGGGGCUAAGAAUUGCCAGCGUUUUUGCACUGUGGCUGGCUCUUUCCUGUGCGAACGAAAUUAAGAAAGGCAGAAGCCAAAACCAUGGCCACUACGUCUGCAGUACCUGGGGGAACAAUCAUUUCAAAACUUUUGAUGGCGACUUCUACCAGUUCCCUGGACUCUGUGAUUACAACUUUGCUUCUGACUGCCGAGAGUCUUACCAGGAGUUCUCAGUCCACGUCCAGCGUGCUGUGAAUGAAAAUCGACACCCUGACAUCCAAUAUGUCCUGAUAACCAUAAAGGAUGUUGUAAUCUACCUCACCCAAAAUGCAAUUGUCGUGAAUGAGCAAAUUGUAACAACACCAUACUAUAGUUCCGGUUUGCUGAUUGAGAACAGUGAAAUCUACACUAAAGUCUAUGCAAGAGCGGGCCUGGUUCUAAUGUGGAACCGUGAAGAUUCACUGAUGUUGGAGCUGGAUGCCAAGUUUAACAACCAUACAUGUGGUCUUUGUGGGGAUUACAAUGGACAGCAGCUCUACAAUGAAUUUAUCUCUAACGACAUGACCUUCAAUCCGAUCACAUUUGGAAAUAUGCAAAAGAUUAACAAACCCAACACAGUAUGUGAGGACCCUGAUGAAACACAGACUGUCACAACCUGUAAUCAGCAUCGUGAUGAGUGUCUGAGUCUGCUGACUUCUUCAGUAUUCGCUGACUGUGAGUCCCGUCUGAACCUGGAGAUGUAUGUUCAAGCCUGUAUGCAGGAUAAGUGUGCCUGCCAGGGAGCUGAGGAUUCCUUCUGCCUUUGCAGCACCAUCUCUGAGUACUCUCGCCAAUGCUCCCAUGCUGGUGGCCGGCCUGGAAACUGGAGGACAGAAGAGUUUUGCCCUAAGAUGUGCCCUGGAAACAUGAUCUACCAGGAAAGCAGCUCACCAUGCAUAAGCACUUGUUCCCAUUUGGAGAUCAGCAGCCUUUGUGAGGAACACUUCAUGGAUGGCUGCUUCUGCCCUGAAGGAACGGUGUAUGAUGACAUCAAUGGGAAAGGCUGUGUGUCUGUUAACCAAUGUCACUGCAAACAGCAUGGAUCCCUGUAUUCACCUGGGCAAACUAUCACCAAUGAAUGUGAAGAAUGCACCUGUGAUUCAGGCAGGUGGGUGUGCAAGCACUUAUCCUGUCCAGCCUCAUGCUUAGUGGAAGGAGGUGCUCACAUCACCACCUUUGAUGGGAAGAAAUACACCUUCCAUGGAGACUGCUACUAUGUGCUGUCCAAGGAAAGUAUAAAUGACACUCACGCCCUCCUGGCAGAGCUGUCUCCCUGUGGCUCCACGGACAAACAGACCUGUUUGAAGACUGUUGUGCUGUUAAUAGACCACAAGAAAAAUAUCUUGGUUUUCAGAUCAGAUGGCACUGUGCAGCUGAAUGAACUGGAAGUGCACUUGCCUCAUGUGACAGCAAGCUUCUCAAUUUUCCAGCCAACUUCAUACCAUCUCAUUGUGCAUACCUAUUUUGGUCUCAAGCUACAAAUCCAAUUGGUUCCAAUCAUGCAGCUGUUUGUGAUUGUGGAUCAAUCUGCCCAAGGAAAACUGCAAGGUCUUUGUGGGAAUUUCAAUGGCAUAGAAUAUGAUGAUUUUAAAACAGCUGGUGGGCUGGUAGAAGCUACAGGAUCUGCCUUUGCUAACACUUGGAAAGCACAAGCCACCUGUAAAGACCAAGUGGAUAAUUUGGAAGACCCUUGUGCUCUCAGCUUUGAAAGCAAAAAUUAUGCUGAAUAUUGGUGUUCCUUACUGAAAAAUUUAGAAUCUCCUUUUGCCAGAUGUCACUCAGUCAUUGAUCCUGUGGAAUAUUAUAAGAGAUGUAAAUAUGACACCUGCAACUGUAAGAACAGUGAAGAAUGCUUGUGUGGGGCCCUCUCCUCUUACGCAAGAGCCUGUGCCGCAAAAGGAAUCAUGCUGGGGGGCUGGAGACAAACUGUCUGCAACAAAGAAGUGUCCUCUUGCCCAGCAUCCCAGGUCUUCCGUUACAAUCUGACCACAUGUCAACAUACCUGUCGCUCCCUUGCUGAUGGUGAAAAGCACUGCUUAGAGGGCUUUAUUCCCGUUGAUGGCUGUGGCUGCCCUGAUAACACCUAUAUGAAUGAGAAGGGUAACUGUGUGCCCAUCUCCCAUUGUACAUGCUACCAUAGAGGGUCAUACCUGGAACCUGGGGAUGUCAUCGUGAAACAAGAAGAACGCUGUGUUUGCCGAAAUGGAAUUCUCCAUUGCACUCAAGUGAAGAUACCAACAGAAUGCCCGUCCCCCAAGGUUCACUUUGAUUGCAGCAGUGUCAAGUCUUGGUCUUCACAAACCCCUCUGCAGCUAAGCUGCCAUACACUGGGUACUGACUAUUUCCAGACAGAGUGUGUCUCAGGGUGCAUGUGUCCUCAUGGACUGAUUGAUGAUGGCAAAGGGGGCUGUGUCAAGGAGGAGGACUGUCCAUGUAUUCAUAACAAGCAGCUUUAUUCUUCUGGAGAAGCCGUAAAAGUGGACUGCAACAAAUGUACCUGCCAAAAAGGAAAAUGGACCUGCACCAAUAAUGUGUGCUUUGGGACUUGUACUAUAUAUGGAAGUGGCCAUUAUAUCAGCUUUGAUGGAAAACACUAUGACUUUGAUGGACACUGUGAAUAUAUGGCUGCCCAGGAUUAUUGUGGUGAGAAUCACAAUGCUUCGUUUAGGAUCGUCACAGUGAAUGUUCCAUGUGGAACCACCGGAGUCACCUGCUCAAAGGCUAUUAAAAUAUUUCUAGGGGGAACUGAACUGAAGUUGGAGGACAAGAAAUAUGAAGCAAUUCAGCUAGCUGUUGACAAAGAUAUACAAUAUUGGAGUCGUGCAGUGGGGCUCUAUCUUGUUAUUGAAGCCAGCAAUGGCGUGAGGCUCAUCUGGGAUAAGAAGACUACUAUUUUCAUAAGUCUGGUUCCUUAUUAUAAGGGCAAAGUCUGUGGUUUGUGUGGCAACUUUGAUGACAUGUCCAACAAUGAUUUCAAAACAAGUAGUGGGCUGCUGGUGACCAAUCCUCUGGAGUUUGGUAAUUCUUGGAAACAUAGCUCCUGCCCUGAUGUGGUGGAUGAGAUUCUGCCCUGCAAUCUGAAACCGCACCGCAAGUCCUGGGCAGAGAAGGAGUGCAGCAUCAUCCGGAGCGAAGUCUUUAAAGAUUGUCACGCCAAGGUGGACUCAACUCCAUUCUAUGAAAAUUGUGUUCAUGAUGCCUGUUCCUGUGACAGUGGUGGAGACUGUGAGUGCUUCUGUUCUGCAGUUGCUGCUUAUGCCCAUGAGUGCAAUAAGACUGGAGUUUGUGUCUUCUGGAGAACUCCUGAUAUAUGCCCAAUAUUUUGUGAUUACUACAACCAUUAUAAUGAGUGCAAGUGGCACUACGAGCCUUGUGGCCGUCAAAUUAAGACCUGCAGGAUCAUUAACAAUGUCAGCACCAACUUCUCAUUGCCAAAUCUGGAAGGUUGCUACCCCAGAUGCCCUGACGAAAAGCCCUUUUUUGAUGAAGACCUCCACGAAUGUGUAUCUUACUGUGGCUGUUAUGAAAAUGACACUCGUUAUGAAAAUGGCACAGAAAUGCCCCCAGAACACGAUUGUCAGAAAUGUAUCUGCAUCUCACCAAAAAAAGUGUGCAAACCUAAACCAGGCUGUUCCACAAUCCCAACAACCACUACACCCCUUACAACCACCACCAUCACCACCACCACAUCGACAACCUUCCCACCACGACCUCUUCAAUCUCUACAAGUAAGUUUCUUUAUAAGGAAGCUCCUCAUUGUGAAACAUGCGAUAUAUGAGAAUCCAUUAAACAUUUAAUGCAGAGCUAAGAAAUUCCCUGUCAUCUCCAUUGUAGUUUUAGGACAAAAAGUGCAAGGUGAUGUUUCCACUGGGCUUAUCUGUAAUAAUAAAGACCAAGUCCCAGGGGGCCUUAUUCCAAUACCUGUCUGCCUCAAUUCACCAUGUUCACCUCCAUCUCCAUAUUGUUGGUGGACUCCCUGGAUUGAUCUGGCUAAGCCAAUAUUUGGCCCAGAAAAUGGUGAUUAUGAAACCUAUGACAAAAUCAGAGAAUGGAACGACUCAGCGAUAUGUGAGAAUCCACUAAAUAUUUCAUGCAGAGCUCAGCUACUUCCUGACUACGCCCUUGCAGAUUUAGGACAAAAAGUGCAAUGUGAUGUUUCCACUGGGCUUACUUGUAAUAAUAAAGACCAAAUCCCAGGAGGCAUGAGUCCAAUACCUAUGUGCCUCAAUUAUGAGAUCAGUGUUUACUGCUGCUCACCUACACCUACCGAUUGCAACCAGACAUCUACAUCUACCAUUCCAACGACUCCAACUGCCACCCUGACAACCACGACAACCAUUCCAACAUCAACUACUACCUCCGGAACUACAACCAGCACUUCAACAGCCUACCGUCCUCCCACCACCACAGCAACACCUACCCCAGAGACGACAACUCCUACUACCACCACAGAAACAACGACACCUACCACCACCACCACAACCACCACCACCACCACAGAAACAACAACCCCAGAGACAACGACACCUACCACCACCACCACCACCACAACUACCCCAGAGACAACGACACCUACCACCACCACCACCACCACGGAAACAACAACCCCAGAGACAACGACACCUACCACCACCACCACAACAACUACCCCAGAGACAACGACACCUACCACCACCACCACCACGGAAACAACAACCCCAGAGACAACGACACCUACCACCACCACCACCACAACAACUACCCCAGAGACAACGACACCUACCACCACCACCACCACCACAACUACCCCAGAGACAACGACACCUACCACCACCACCACCACCACCACGGAAACAACAACCCCAGAGACAACGACACCUACCACCACCACCACCACAACUACCCCAGAGACAACGACACCUACCACCACUACCACCACUACAGUAACGACUACCCCAGAGACGACAACACCUACCACCACCACCACAACCACCACCACAGAAACUACUACCUCAGAGACAACGACACCUACCACCACUACCACCACUACAGUAACAACUACCCCAGAGACAACAACACCUACUACCACCACCACCACCACAGAAACAACCACCUCAGAGACAACAACACCUACCACCACCACAGCAACUACUACCCCAGAGACGACAACACCUACCACCACCACCACCGAAACAACGACCCUAGAGACGACGACACCUACCACCACUACCACCACUACAGUAACGACUACCCCAGAGACAACAACACCUACCACCACCACAGCAACUACUACUCCAGAGACAACGACUCCUACCACCACAGAAACAACAACACCGGAGACGACGACACCUACCACCACCACCACCACCACAAAAACAACGACACCUACCACCACAGCAACCACUACCCCUGAGACAACGACACCUACCACCACCACCAUUACAGCAACGACGACACCUACCACCACCACUACCCCAGCAACAACUACCCCAGCGACGACGACACCUACCACCACACCCGUACCCGGAUGUCUGGUACCUAAUACUAAUAUGACAGUCCCAGUAAGUGGAAUCUACUGGCCAUGUAACUGCACCAAGGCAAUAUGCGUUAACGACACGAAAUGGGAGCUGGUUACGACUGUAUGUGAAGACCCUCCUAUGCCCAGUUGUAUCAAUGGGCUCGCUCCUGUGCGGGUGAAGGAUGAAUGCUGUUGGCACUGGGAGUGUGACUGCUAUUGCACUGGCUGGGGAGACCCACAUUAUGUGACUUUUGAUGGACAGUACUAUAGCUACCAAGGGAAUUGUACGUAUGUCCUGGUGGAAGAGAUUAACAAAAAUAUUGACAACUUUGGGGUCUACAUUGACAACUAUCACUGCUUUCCACAGGACAGAGUGUCCUGUCCACGCACACUCAUCGUGAGACACGAGACCCAGGAAGUGCACAUAAAGACUAUCACAAUGUUUCCUCUCAAAGUACAGGUGACGGUAAACAAUCAGGAAGUGGCUACACCUUACAAAAAAUACGGCGUGAGAAUCUUUAAGUCAGGCAUAAAUCACGUAGUGGAAAUUUCUGAACUUGGGGUAAAUGUAACCUACAAUGGAUUGACUUUCUCAAUUAGAUUGCCCUACCAGAAGUUUGGCAACAACACCCAAGGACAGUGCGGCACUUGUACCAACAACACAGCAGAUGACUGCAUGUUACCAGGUGGAAAGAUCAUAGGUAACUGUGAAACCAUGGCAGAUCAUUGGGUGAUUAAUGACCCCGAAAAGCCACAGUGCUCUCCAUCCCUAACUACUACAGAGGCACCUCCUAUCACCCCACCAGCCUGCAAACCAUCUGAUCUCUGCAAGCUCAUUAAAGAAGGCCCGUUCAAAGCAUGCCAUCCCUUUGUCAACCCUGACCACUACUAUGCAGCCUGCGUUUUUGACAGCUGCGCUCUUCCCAACUCUAAAUUGGAGUGUGCAAGUUUGCAAACCUACGCUGCUCUCUGCGCUGACCAGAAGGUCUGUGUUGAUUGGAGAGGCCAUACCCGUGAUAUCUGCCCGCUUAAGUGCCCAUCACACAGAGUAUACAAAGCAUGUGGUCCUAUUGAAGAGGUGACCUGCAAGUCAAGCCAAGUUGCACAAAACCAAACCAGUCAUGUGGAAGGCUGCUUCUGUCCUGCUGGAACAAUGCCUUAUGGUGGAGGUGUGGAUGUCUGUGUAAAAACCUGCGGGUGUGUUGGACCAGAUAAUGAACCAAGAAAGUUUGGGGAAGUUUUUGAGUUUGACUGUAAGAGAUGCAUUUGCCUGGAGGGUGGAAGUGGCAUUAGCUGUGAGCCCCUCAAAUGUCCAGCGCAAGCGGAUAAACCAAGCUGCAGUGAUGAAGGCUUUUACGAGGUCACUGAAGUCCAUCCUGACAACAUCUGCUGCAGCAUAACUUCCUGCAGAUGCAAUGCGAGCUUUUGCACAACCAUACCUCCUAAAUGUAAAAUUGGUUACGAACUUGUUUCUGAUAUUGCCACUGGCAAGUGCUGUCCUACGUAUGAGUGCGUUCCCAAGAAGGUCUGUGUGGUUGGGAAUGCUGAGUACAUGCCUGGUUCCCCAGUCGUUGCUGAUAAGUGCCAAAAUUGUGUCUGCACUGAUAAACCGAACAAUAGUGGUCUGAAUGUCGUCACAUGCAAGCGCAUUCCGUGCAAUGAAAGGUGCCAGCCAGGAUAUGAACUUAAAGAUGUGAAAGGGGAAUGCUGUCCAAAAUGCGUGCAGACCAAGUGUAUUAUAAAUAAGCCUGACAGCACCGUCGUCAUCUUGAGUCCUGGUAAAACAGAAAACGAUCCAAAAAACAACUGCACCGUUUAUAGCUGUGUGUCGAUCAACGGUCGGCUCAUCUCCUCCACCUCAGAGAUUACCUGCCCAUCGUUCAAUGAGGAGAAUUGUAAACCUGGCACUAUUACACUGCUGCCUGAUGGUUGCUGUAAAAUAUGCAUCCCUCGCGACAGCCCAUCACCAUGUUCUGUCACCCAUAUCGAGGACUAUAUCACCCAUAAGGGCUGCCGUUCUGUGGAUAAAGUCUACCUGACUCAAUGUGAAGGAUCAUGCGGAACCUUCUCAUUAUACUCUGCUGAGGCCAACUCCAUGGAGCACAAGUGUUCCUGCUGCAGGGAGGCAGCAACUAGCGAGAAACAAGUUCUACUGGAAUGCCCCGACGGGAAAAAUGUGAUUCACAAGUACCUGCACGUGGACCGUUGUGAAUGUCUUGACAGUGAGUGCACACAACCCAGCUCCUCAGAAAAGUCAAAGGAAAGUGACGAACAGAGUGCCAUCGAACGUGUCAAGCGGGCCAUUCAGAAAAUAUUGAAAUGAAGGGGAGAAAAGUAAUGGCGCACAGAAAAAAGUACAAGGAGGGUCUAUGCACCAGUCUAAUCUUCCAAGAAUAAAUCAAUGC